GAAACAAACACGUCACCACAAACACAAACAAUCAUCAAUCCCACAUUACAUUAUCACUUCAAUUCAUCAUUCGCCAUACAACUGUACGAUCCCACAUUGAAACAGCAUCAUUGCCAUCUCACCCACUAUGGAACCAUCCUUCUCUCUUGUUCCCAAUGCGACCACAGACAACGCUAGUGCGUCUCUGCGCUUCCACGAACAAAACCAACUGCACAACUACAUUCCACAAAAUAACCCCUUUCAAAAACUAACAACCAACACAACCAACGCACACCAGGUCAUUCUCACACACACACACACACACACACACACUCCAACAAUAAAGUCAACGCCCUCUCAGUUAUUACCGAAACAAACACGUCACCACAAACACAAACAAUCAUCAAUCCCACAUUACAUUAUCACUUCAAUUCAUCAUUCGCCAUACAACUGUACGAUCCCACAUUGAAACAGCAUCAUUGCCAUCUCACCCACUAUGGAACCAUCCUUCUCUCUUGUUCCCAAUGCGACCACAGACAACGCUAGUGCGUCUCUGCGC